AUGCGUCUCCCUGUGUGCAACUCCCAUAUCACUAUGAACUGUGAGCAGGACUUUGGAGAUGGGGUCCUGGGUGUGACCCUCACACUCCGACUGCUCAUGCACGGCAAGGUACAGUUUGAGUGGAUGGGAAUAACUAGGAAUAUAUAAGAGUAAUUGUAUGGUAAUAACUGGGAAUAUAUAAGAGUAAUUGUAUGGGAAUAACUGGGAAUAUAUAAGAGGAAUUGUAUGGGAAUAACUGGGAAUAUAUAAGAGGAAUUGUAUGGGAAGAACUGGGAAUAUAUAAGAGUAAUUGUAUGGGAAUAACUGGGAAUAUAUAAGAGGAAUUGUAUGGGAAUAACUGGGAAUAUAUAAGAGUAAUUGUAUGGGAAGAACUGGGAAUAUAUAAGAGGCAUUGUAUGGGAAGAACUGGGAAUAUAUAAGAGUAAUUGUAUGGGAAUAACUGGGAAUAUAUAAGAGGAAUUGUAUGGGAAUAACUGGGAAUAUAUAAGAGGAAUUGUAUGGGAAUAACUGGGAAUAUAUAAGAGGAAUUGUAUGGGAAUAACUGGGAAUAUAUAAGAGUAAUUGUAUGGGAAUAACUGGGAAUAUAUAAGAGUAAUUGUAUGGGAAGAACUGGGAAUAUAUAAGACUAAUUGUAUGCGAAUAACUGGGAAUAUAUAAGAGGAAUUUUAUGGGAAUAACUGUACAGUGAGGGAAAAAAGUAUUUGAUCCCCUGCUGAUUUUGUACGUUUGCCCACUGACAAAGACAUGAUCAGUCUAUAAUUUUAAUGGUAGGUUUUUUUGAACAGUGAGAGACAGAAUAACAACAACAAAAAUCCAGAGAAACGCAUGUCAAAAAUUUUAUGAAUUGAUUUGCAUUUUAAUGAGGGAAAUAAGUAUUUGACCCCUCUGCAAAACAUGACUUAGUACUUGGUGGCAAAACCCUUGUUGGCAAUCACAGAGGUCAGACGUUUCUUGUAGUUGGCCACCAGGUUUGCACACAUCUCAGGAGGGAUUUUGUCCCACUCCUCUUUGCAGAUCUUCUCCAAGUCAUUAAGGUUUCGAGGCUGACGUUUGGCAACUCGAACCUUCAGCUCCCUCCACAGAUUUUCUAUGGGAUUAAGGUCUGGAGACUGGCUAGGCCACUCCAGGACCUUAAUGUGCUUCUUCUUGAGCCACUCCUUUGUUGCCUUGGCCGUGUGUUUUGGGUCAUUGUCAUGCUGGAAUACCCAUCCACGACCCAUUUUCAAUGCCCUGGCUGAGGGAAGGAGGUUCUCACCCAAGAUUUGACGGUACAUGGCCCCGUCCAUCGUCCCUUUGAUGUGGUGAAGUUGUCCUGUCCCCUUAGCAGAAAAACACCCCCAAAGCAAAAUGUUUCCACCUCAAUGUUUGAAGGUGGGGAUGGUGUUCUUGGGGUCAUAGGCAGCAUUCCUCCUCCUCCAAACACGGCGAGUUGAGUUGAUGCCAAAGAGCUCCAUUUUGGUCUCAUCUGACCACAACACUUUCACCCAGUUCUCCUCUGAAUCAUUCAGAUGUUCAUUGGCAAAUUUAUGACGGGCCUGUGUAUGUGCUUUCUUGAGCAGGGGGACCUUGCAGGCGCUGCAGGAUUUCAGUCCUUCACGGCGUAGUGUGUUACCAAUUGUUUUCUUGGUGACUAUGGUCCCAGCUGACUUGAGAUCAUUGACAAGAUCCUGCUGUGUAGUUCUGGGCUGAUUCCUCACCGUUCUCAUGAUCAUUGCAACUCCACGAGGUGAGAUCUUGCAUGGAGCCCCAGGCCGAGGGAGAUUGACAGGUCUUUUGUGUUUCUUCCAUUUGAGAAUAAUCGCACCAACUGUUGUCACCUUCUCACCAAGCUGCUUGGCGAUGGUCUUGUAGCCCAUUCCAGCCUUGUGUAGGUCUACAAUCUUGUCCCUGACAUACUUGGAGAGCUCUUUGGUCUUGGCCAUGGUGGAGAGUUUGGAAUCUGAUUGAUUUAUUGCUUCUGUGGACAGGUGUCUUUUAUGCAGGUAACAAACUGAGAUUAGGAGCACUCCCUUUAAGAGUGUGCUCCUAAUCUCAGCUCGUUACCUGUAUAAAAGACACCUGGGAGCCAGAAAUCUUUCUGAUUGAGAGGGGGUCAAAUACUUAUGUCCCUCAUUAAAAUGCAAAAUCAUGCAACAUUUUUGACAUGCGUUUUUCUGGAUUUUCUUGUUUGUUAUGCUGUCUCUCACUGUUCAAAUAAACCUACCAUUAAAAUUAUAGACUGAUCAUGUCUUUGUCAGUGGGCAAACGUACAAAAUCAGCAGGGGAUCAAAUACUUUUUCCCCUCACUGUAGCUAUAUAGAAAUGAAUGCUUAGGGAUUAGUUAAAGUAUUCGGAUUCAAAUGUUGGAUUUUAAGAAUGUAAUUAUGUAAUAUACAUUUCCCUCCUGACUUGUGUUCCUGCUCUUCUUUGUCUGUAGAAUGUAAAUAAUACAAAUGACAGAUUUGGUUAAGACAGUAUACUGUAUACAGCACAGGAGGCUGGUGGCACCUUAAUAGGGGAGAACGGGCUCUUGGUAAUGACUGGAGCGGAAUCAGUGGAAUGGUAUAGAAUACAUAAAAUACAUGGUUUCCAGGUGUUUGAUGCCAUUCCAUUUGCUCCGUUCCGGCCAUUAUUAUGAGCCGUUCUCCCCUCAGCUGCCUCCAGAGAGCUCCGAAAGUAUUGGGACAGUGACACAUUUUUUGUUGUUUCAUUCAGGACUAUGUUUCUAAACACUUCUACAUUAAUGUGGAUGCAGCCAUGAUUACGGAAUGUCUUGAAUGAAUUGUGAAUAAUGAUUGAGAAAGUUACAGACGCACAAAUAUCAUACCCCCAAGACAUGCUAACCUCUCACCAUUACAAUAACAGUGGAGGUUAGCAUUUUAUGGGGGGUAUGAUAUUUGUGCAUCUGUAACUUUCUCACUCAUAAUUAUUCACAAUUCAUUCAGGAUUAUCCGUAAUCAUGGUAGCGUCCACAUUAAUGUAGAAGUGUUUAGUAACAUAGUCUAUUCUUAUUUACAAUAAAAGUAAAUAAAUUAUUUACCAUCCAUUUAUAUUGGCACAAAAUAAUCUGAAACACAAUCAAAACAAAUGGCAAAUGCAUCCAACAAGUUUGUAGAGUCACAAGCUUGGUGUAAUCAUUGCAUGCUAGGAAUAUGGGACCAAAUACUCAACUUUUUACUACUUUAAUACACGUAAGUUAAUUUGUCCCAAUACUUUUGGUCACCUAAAGUGGGGGGACUAUGUACAACAUGUGCUGUAAUUUCUAAACGGUUCACCCGAUAUGGAUGAAAAUACCCACAAAUUAAAGCUGACAGUCUGCACUUUAACCUCAUAGUUAUUGUGUUAUUUCAAAUCCAAAGUGCUGGAGUACAGAGUCAGAAUAACAAAAACUGUGUCACUGUCCCAAUACUUUUGGAGCUCAAUGUAUGUCGAUUUAGCACAUAAAGAGGUUGUUGGUGAUAGGAGUCUCUGGAAAGCAGAGGUAGAUAUUUCUAAGAAUCUUGUAUUUCUUUAAUUUAUGAAUGUAUAUUUGUUUUAUCCCUGGUAUUUGUAGGAGGUUGGCAGCAUCAUAGGCAAGGUGAGAAGGAUUAUCUUUUUCUUCCAUCAUAUACAUGGUAGUCCCCUGUAGCUCAGUUGGUAGAGCAUGGCGCUUGCAACGCCAGGGUUGUGGGUUCGUUUCCCAUGGGGGGCAAGAAUGAAAAAUGUAUGCACUCACUAACUGUAAGUCUCCCUGGAUAAGAGUGUCUACUAAAUAACUAAAAUGUAAAUGUAAUGUUAUGUAUAGCUCUUAUCUGAAGACAUACAGUAUUCAGAGAGGCUUUCUGAUCCAAGACAUGCUGUUAUCACAAGGGAUGGCUAUUUUCAGAUCAAUGAAGACAUUUUCUAGAAUUAGAAUAAUAUUGUACUAGCAAAAGUGAUGUGAAUUAUCCUCCAUUAAAAAUAGACGCUUCAAACCAUGCCAUUUUGUAAGUGUUCAUAAACCAAUCUAUGUGGAAGGAUUUUUCUAAUGUCAUUCCAUUCUACUUUAAAAGCAAAACAGACAUAAGGCCUCCUGACACACAAUUUGCUGACUGUAAAUGUAAUUGCCUUAAACCAAGCCACUUAAGACCCUCUCUAUCCCCUAAUGUAAUACAGUAAUCCAUCAAACAGAAACAUUAGUACGUUGACUGCAAACCUCCGGUUGAAACGGAGCUCCGAAAGGCAUAUUACUGUCUGCCCGUUUAGUGUCUGCUAUAGGAGGGGGUGUAGGCUGCGCUUUACCAGUUUAAUGUCUACUAGGAGGGGGUGUAGGCUGCUCUCUACCCCCUCGCUGGCUCCCACUUGCCCUGCAGCCUUGCACUGUAAUAGAACAGGUUGAGAGAGAGAGAAGAGAUAGAGAGAGAGAGAGAGAUAGAUGCGAGAAGAGAGAGAGAGUAGAAGAGAGAGAGAGCGAGAUAGGAGAUCGAGAAAGAGAGAGAGAGAGAGAGAGAGAGAGAGAAGGAUGAGAGGGAUAAAGAAAUAUGGAGAGAGCGAGAGAAGGGGAGAGAGAGAGAGCGAGAGAGGGAGGGGGGGGACCAACACAGAGGGGAUGAGAGAUUGAGAAAAAGAGGGGAUAAGAAAGAGGGGCGAGAGAAAAGACAGAGACUGACAAAGAGGAAAAGGGGAUACAGAGGGAUGGAGAGGGGGUGGGAGGCCGAGAAAUGCUGUGUUUGGCACAUGCCGUCCUGUAACCAGGCUCUCCAUCCAAAGCACUUGUGUUAAUAACUCCCUUCCCCUUUCUCUCAUUCCUCAUCUCUAUCUCUGCUAGCCUGCAGAACCACACCUUCUAAAAUAUCCCAAAUUACACACUAGCAUACUAUUUAGAAUGAAAUAACAAUGUGGCUAAGUACACAAAAUAGUAUGGUAGUGUUUUUAUUAGAACACAUCCGGUUGUCAAUGUCAUAGGCGUAGGUGGUAGAAUCAUUUGGAGAAGGGAGGCGAGAGUGAUGGGCUGAGGCCAACAUAAAAGUGACAGAUGGGGAGGCAAUCUAAAGCUGACAGAGGAUGUAUGACAGAGGUGUGACUUAAUUCUACUCCUGAGCCUGGGUGGCGUGCCUGGCAGGCUGGCUGGAUGCGGGCCACACAGAAAGGAUCUCAUAAGGACAGGACAGACAUUAAGAGUUGAGACUAGAAGAGUAGAGGGCUAUAGAUGUGAACAUAAAGGAACCGAUUGAAGUGAAAAUCGAUACAUAUUUUAGACAUUUCAGAUGUGGAUGGGAUGAGAAUACUGUGUGUCAGCAUUGUGCUAUCCAUCUUAGAUUGAUAGAGGAUUCUACUUUUCUAUACCAUGUUAGCUCAGAUGACUUUUCAAUGAAGGGGAAAUGUAGUCAAUGUGAAGAAAAGUAUCAUUUUAACAGGGAUUUGAAGUACAGACAGAUUUCAAUCUGCAGGUUGAGGACACUACUACACACACCUCACUUCAACGUUGUCCUUCAUCUUCUCUUUCCCAGAAAGGAGAGACGGUGAAAAGAAUACGAGAAGAGGUAUGUUACCAGCUUCUUAUCUAUCACCACUGUUCAUUAUCUGUGUAAGACUACUCUACAUCACCAUACUCCAUGCAAAGUAGAGCCUGUCAUGGGUAGAUGAAACACAUGUAUGUCAACUUGCUCCAAAGCUAUCAGUAUCACAUCUUGUUUCUGCCUCAAUAUGCAUUCAAUAUGCAAUCUUUAUUUUCCAGUUAUUGUGUAGACCAGAAGGUUAUAGUUCAAGGCAAAACAUAAUCAGACUGGAGACAGUGUCUAAUAUUGGUUGUGUUGCAUUAAUAUUAAACUCAAUCCCUCUCUGGAUGUUUGGGAAGAGUGACUGGGAUAGCAUACAGAACAGCCACAUAGUCUGACCUGCCUAUUGGCCACUGGUGGCUUCUUCUCUUUCAAUUAAAAAUCUCUCCCUUUUUCGCACUCUCUCUCCCUCAUCCCUCUUUCUCUGUUUCUGCCUCUGUGUCAAAAUCUCUUUCUUUCUUUCUCUCUAUCUGUCUUUCCCUCUCCCCCCUUUUCUCUGUCUCUGUCUGUCCCUGUCAAGCUUUCUCAACCACCCUCUCUCCCCAUUUCUCAGUUUGUCUCCUCCCCCUCUUUCUCUCCUUUAUGUCUCUUCUAUUUCCCCCUCAUAAACGUUGAGGCUGCAGUUGAUCUGAUGGCACUUGAUUAACUCCUUGUAUAAAAAGUAAUUUGAUUGCCAUUAUGUUGGUUCUCGUCCCUCUGACUCCUGGUGCAAAACUAUUAUGUUGUACUUUAUGAAGCAGAAUGCUAACCAGAGGGGUGGUUAGACUGGGUGAGCAUGUAGCCCUGAAGGGCCACUGGAUGAGUCAGCCAGUAAACCAGUCAUCCAUGCUAGUCAGCCGUCCACCCAGACAGUCAGUCAGUCAGACAGACAAAUAGGCAGGCCUUUCGUUAGUUCCCCUAUGUGAGGCUCUCUGACUUCCUCCCAAGCCCUGUCUGUCCUCACAGUGCCAGAAUGACUCCAUAAGAUGACUGUAAUCAACAUCGUUAAAGUAUCACCAUACCUCUAAUACUCACAUGUCCACUCUCCAGUCCCCAGACCCCAGGGCUGUGGGGGAAAAUGAAGGGACAGUGGAUGGAGAAAUCAGAGUACCAGCCUAGGGUUUGGUUACAGCAAGGUCAAUUCCCUGUAGGGUGAUCUAGCUACUCCAGCUACUCCAGCUACUCCAGCUACAGUAUACAGUAUAUUGUUAGUUAUCUGUGGAGCAGAGUGUAUUAACUGGUCUGGAGUAUGCUGGAGUUUUACCUCUGUCACUUUAACCAUACCUGUUCUUAUCCAUACUAACCUCAUUCUGUCCUCCUCACCUCUCUACCCUCUUACCUGUGCACCUUAUUUGCGCCAUCCACCCAUCCACCAUGUGCUCUACCCAUGUUCUCCUCAUCUAAUAGAAUGUAAAUAAAGCUAGACCCUGGUUCUUGGUCUAUUCCCCUACAGAGCAGUGCACGGGUGAACAUCUCAGAGGGCUCCUGUCCAGAGAGGAUCAUCACCAUCACCGGUUCUACAGACUGUGUCUUCAGGGCCUUCACCAUGAUUACAUACAAACUGGAAGAGGUAAGACACAAUCAGUGUUUCCCUUAGAGAUUUCCUUAGGCAGGGCACAGCUGCCCAAUUGAUUUGAUGUAUCAUUUUCUGGUUUCCAAUUAGAUUAUAUGCUUUUAUUUAUACAGUUCAUCCUGUAAAUUAAUAAUUGAAAAUAAUUUCCUCCCAGGUUGGCUUCUACUGCAGAUGAAUUUGACGUUGGGUAGGAGUUAGACUGUUGCUGCUCUUGGUGCAAGAGCCUUUUCGUUUCUCAUUUAGAAUAUUGCAGUGUGAAGUGUUGCUAGCACAUUGAUGAAUACAUUUAUCACCGUGCGUUUUAUGCAGCAGCAUAGUGACUUAUUAAAUUGAGCUUGGCAUUGGAACAGCCCUGACAAGAGGAGAGUAACAGUCGAGUGGCUCCAUGCCUUUUAUGGAAAGCAUAUUGUUUUGAGGGAGAACAUGCGUCAGUGCUCUAGGCCUGUUGAUGAAAGAGCAGAUGACAAUAUGUUAACGUCCUAAUUAAUUAAACAGAUGAGGUUUGUGUUUAAUCCCUUAAUGAGCUACAGAUAACGGCAGACCUGCGGAACAUUUAGCUAUUUAUCCAUCAGAAAACUAAUUAACAUGAUAGAUUCAGGGACAUUUUGGCUGGCCUAGCUUUGAAACAGUCGCUCCCCGUGUAGUCGAGUCGACGGAGCCUUGUUUUAUUGCAGUCAGUAAACACACGCUGGCUGGGAGGGUGCCGAGCAGCAUUCAUUAAAGAUCUUAAGCUCUUCCCAACCCUACAUUCAGCCGAAACUCCCGAGUUGUCAUGGCAACCUGUUGGCUGACCUACAGCCCUCGGCAUGCCUCUCACCAUGCCUGAGUGGGAUGUGUCUGACAUCUUUAAUUAAAGGAUCGAAAGAAAAAUACAUAUUUUUGGCCAAUGGGUAUUGUAAAGAAUUGAUAUUGUUGUCUCUCUACUGCUACUCCCUACUGUUAUUAAAGGAGAAGUUCACCCAAAAUCCAGAAACUCUGAAGUUAUUUCAUACAUUAAAACUAGUUUGGUGAAGUUUGUCCUUCCCCCUCUCACUCCGUGCAGUGCUGGACUGAAACAACUGCAAAAACGGCUCACGUGACUGGUGAUGUUGCUGGAUGCAGGCUUCACUCUGCUCCAUUGCCAGUGAAAUCAUGAUUCAGAAAUCCACAAAGUGUGGACAAAUUCAUUGUUUUAUUGAAAGCGUAUUGCCGAAUGAGCUAAUUAUGUGAAAAGUUACUAUCGGUUUUGAGUAAGGAAAUGUGUACUUUUCUACCUAAAACAUUUGUGAUUAUUUUAUAUAAUACAUUUAUGUAGCCGACUGCCACAGCAGCGGAGAUGGGUAACAACCAGUACUACAGGGAGAGAGAGGGGGAGAGGGCAAACUCCACUGAACUAGUUUCAAUGUAUGGAAUCACUUUGGAGUUUCUGGAUUUUGGGUAAACUUCUCCUUUAAUAACAGUAGGGAGUAGCAGUAGAGAGACAACAAUAUCAAUUACAAUACCCAUUGGCCAAAAAUAGUAGCAGUCAAAUGACCUAGUGACCUCAUUGUUGGAAUAUUAUUAAUAUUUUUCAUAAUUUCAUAAUUAAUAAUGUCACGCCCUGGCUCUGGGGACACUUGUAUGUUGAGCCAGGGUGUGAGUUUCCAUUUGUUUGUCUAGUAGUCGUAUUUCUAUGUUGGCCAGAGUGGUAAUUUUUUAGGGGGGGGGGCUAACGCCGUGGACGACGGGGCAGCAGGAGACCGCGAUAGAGCGGCCCAGCGGGUUGGCAGAGGAGGCCGCCAGGUUACGGGGGCCACUGGUCAAAGAGGGGAAGGAAGGUGUAGAGGCACGGCGAGAGGUACUGGGGUGUGUUACCAGUCCGGUCCGGCCCGUUCCAGAUCCCUGCGUAGGGCCAGUGGUGUGUGUCCCCAGUACGGUCCGGUCUGUUCCUGCUCCCCGCACCAAGCCAAUGGUGCGCGUCGCCAGCCCAGCCCGUCCUGUUCCUGCUCCCCGCACCAAGCCAAUGGUGCGCGUCGCCAGCCCGGCCCGUCCUGUUCCUGCUCCCCGCACCAAGCCAAUGGUGCGCGUCGCCAGCCCGGCCCGGCCUGUUCCUGCUCCCCGCACCAGGCCAAUGGUGCGCGUCGCCAGCCCGGUCCGGCCCGCUCCUGCCCCCCGCACCAAGCCUAUGGUGCGCGUCGCCAGCCCGGCCCGGCCUGUUCCUGCUCCCCGCACCAGGCUAAUGGUGCGCGUCGCCAGCCCGGUCCGGCCCGCUCCUGCUCCCCGCACCAAGCCUAUGGUGCGCGUCGCCAGCCCGGUCCGGCCCGCUCCUGCUCCCCGCACCAAGCCAAUGGUGCGCGUCGCCAGCCCGGUCCGGCCCGCUCCUGCUCCCCACACCAAGCCAGUGGUGUGCGUCGUCAGUCCGGCACGGCCCGUGCCUGUUCCCCACACCAAGCCAGUGGUGUGCGUCGUCAGUCGGGCACGGCCCGUGCCUGUUCCACCGGUGCCUGGUCCGGCACCGGUCAGCUGCUUCACGCCGGAGCUAGAGCAAUCCGCUCCACCAGUGUGCAGUCCAGCUCCGGCCAGCGGGGCCAGACCGGACCAGGGGUACUUUGGGGGGUUGGAGAGGGAGUGGGGAUCAGGCCCGGAGCCGGAUCCGCCGCCAGGGCGGAGUGCCCACCCGGUCCCUCCCCUGUGGUAUUUAGUUGGCGCGGUCGGAGUCCGCGCCUUUAGGGGGGGGUACUGUCACGCCCUGGCUCUGGGGACACUUGUAUGUUGAGCCAGGGUGUGAGUUUCAUUUGUUUUUCUAGUAGUUGUAUUUCUAGGUUGGCCAGAGUGGUUCCCAAUCAGAGGCAACGAGUGUCAGCUGUUGCUGGUUGUCUCUGAUUGGGAACCAUAUUUAGACAGGCUGUUUUCCCACAGUGGUUGUGGGAUCUUGUUCCAGUGUGGUUUGUGUUAGACCGUGGACGUCACGUUAUCGUUUUGUUAUUUUUGUCGUGUAUCACUAAAUAAAGAGUAUGUUUGCCUUCAACGCUGCGCCUUGGUCCUCCUUCGACGAUCGUGACAAAUAAACAUCAUUUUUUUUAAACGCCGGAAAUCAGGUGUUUCUAUGUCAAAAGGUUUUGUUAUUUCAGUCUUCUGUGAUGUAUAAAGUGUAAUAUUGGGAUGUAAACUCAAAAUUGAAUACAUUUCAACUCUGUAUCUGACAUGGUACAGGUGUCUUCUUUUUUUAAAGCCCAUAACCAUGUGUGUGAGGUGUAUACUUUUGUUUCAAAGUAGAUUUGUUUAAGACUACCAAGAAACACUCUGUGUGACCCUGAUUUAGCCCCUGCAGUAAAGGGUUAAAGGAUUUCACUACUGUGGCUAGGGGAUAGAUGGUCUAGGACUAGAUUCUAAGUAGUUAUUCUCAUCAUUCAUUUCAUCAUGAUGAUUUUAUCAUUAAGGCGGUCCAUGAAAUGUACUUUAUCCAGUCAUUAUAAGCACAGGUAGAUAGGGCUACUUGAGUCUGGGCAGAACCACUGUGCCUCUCUAAUCACAAAGGACCACAGUUUAGUGCUUGGUAUACGUGCUGUACUUGACUUGUUGCUCCCAGGAAAGGAGAUUUUAUUUGGAGCAGUUUAGUCAUUCUCCAUUGAUGUCUUAUCGUCCUAACCACAGCAUACACAGGGGAUUAUGCCCAGCGCCUCUUUGUGUGACUGCAGAUUCUUGUAACCCCCGGACGUAUUUACGCCAAUUUGCUUUUGAGAGUCGCUCACCGAGUUUGGUGAGUGAGCAAGGAUCGCGCCGUUCACAGUUGUUAAUGUAUGACGCAUAUUUUAGAUCCAAUCUAGGAGAUGACGCCCAGAGCCCUGCGAUCCCACUGACGAGCUACGUGCUCCUCAUAUAAUAAGACAAUGCCACGCCAGCGAUGCUGCCUAGAUCCAUCCGCCUCACUUAAUCUAGACACUGAGAGAAAACCAAGCAUCAUAGCUGCAUUAGAUACAUGGGUUUUAUAUAAAAAAAAGUAGGCCUACAAGAACUGUUGGAGAAAUACAUGUUUUUUUGGUCAAAUCCCCUGGAGGGCACCUCUGUAAAGUACGUGAAAUUAUUAUUAUUGCACACUGCCUAGUUAACGCAUUCUGUUUGAAAUACAUGCUGUGUGCUUUGUAUUCUGCCAGGCCAUACGGAGACAGAGGGGGAGAGACUUGUUUUCAGGCCGAGUUAACGGGAUGUGCGCUGAUGGGCAGAGAGAUAGCGAGGGCCAUUUACAUUUCAAAGGCUUAGGGAGCCUGACUGUUCAUUAAUUAUCAGCUCAAUCUCCACCCACACUGGAGUGAAGGAGAGGCUCUUUACUACCUGGUUUACUACCUGGUCAAAUGAAGAAACAUUUUAAACAACCUGACUGAGGCCUUACCUUUACAGGGCCACUCAAGGCCCCCGUUCAAUCAAAGCCGGGUUUUUAGGGAUUAUGCCAUCAAUGACUUAUCAUCCAUCAUUCUCUCUCUCUCUCUCUCUUCCUCUGUCCCCCUCUCUAUCUUUUCCCCCUCCUUUUCUCCCUCUCUCCAGGACCUCACUACACUGGUGGCCAACGGCACCAUCAGCAGCAAACCCCCAGUGACCCUACGACUGGUCAUCCCAGCCAGCCAGUGUGGAUCCCUCAUCGGCAAGGGAGGGGCCAAGAUCAGGGAGAUCAGAGAGGUGAGAGACUCAUUCAGAAUAGCUACCUGCAUUCAGGUACCACAAGUUAACUAUGGUCUCUAUUCAAUCCGUAUCGAGGAAGUUCAGCGUUACAGCAUGAUUGAAAUUUAAAGGCAAUGUUCCCGCGUUAGCGGAGACUGCAUUCACGGUAAACGCUGCAUAUGUCAGCUCAAUCGUAAAUUACCUUUACAUUUCUAUCACGCUAUCUGUAACACUUCAGUGAUACAGAUUGAAUAGAGCCCUAAAGCAAAAAGAAACUGGCACCCAGGCUAGCUAAAUUGAGCAUCCUCGUCAUACCUCCCUAUCACCUCUGUCCACAGCUUCGUAUCUGGAUGAGCUGACACUUGUUUAAAGAAAGCUACGAUAAAGGGAUGACGAUUGAGUUGGGGGGAAAUAUUUAAAAAAUUGUUGACUUCAGGCAAGAAACAAGUCCCUUUAGAGUUAGAAAAAGGCAGCCAUUUUACGUGACUGUAGACAGAGUGGGGAGUUAGCUACUCCCUUCCCUGAUCAGCGCUCCAGGCGACUAUAUGCCAGUCUGUUUCAUGUCUGGUUUGUGUUUAUCUCAAGGGCACCAAGCUACUAUCGGGAACCAUACACGAUAUCCUAUGGUCAGGAUGCAUUAUGUACUCUGUUUGUUCACAUAGAGUGGCAGUUGCACUGUGCUUUGACUCUACUGCAAACUCAUUUUCCAUGCAGGGCACUACUAUUUGUAUGCUGGUCUUUCCAUCCAUCCAUGACCACCCAAGGUUUAGUGCUAAGCUUAUCACAAAGUCACUAAGCUUUCUCUGUGAAAUGAGGGGGAAAACCCCUAUUUUCAUCUCUGGGUCAUUCCAUGAAAUGAGUCCCCUUUGAUAUUUUAAGUAGGAAUUAUGCACCAAUAUUGGAUUUUAAAAGCCUGUCAUAUUAAAUGAAGUGCCCUUUAAUAUAGACCACAUGGAACAUUCAAUAAAUCUGAUUUUUAUUAUGAAUAAAUUCAGUAUUUUCCCCCUGUGCACUCUCUGUGACUUCUCUGAAGAUUUUAACCCACUUAACUCCAACAUUUCUCAAAAUGUUCACCAUCAUUGUAAAACCCUAGUUAUUUCAUGUGAUUAGUGAUUCAUUUUAAGGUAAAACAUGUUUUGACCUUCAUUGUAAGGUCUGUUACAUGAACUGAACUCUCAUUUUAAUAUGUUGAAACAAAUCCUUUUAAAAUAUUUGUUUUCAAGAGAAACAUUGAACAUUUAAUAGUCAAAUCAUAACGUAAAAGCAGGUGAGCUGGUUCUACUCUUUUUGGCCAUCUUCUGGUAUUUUGUGGUGGAAAACUGAGUGGGUCGAACAAAACACGUCAACCCUGUUACCCAUAGAUAGACAUGCUAGAAAUGUUUAAAUAAAUAAAUCAAUUGUGAAGCUUGCAUUGAAUUGCCCCUCCCUGUUGCACACAACAAGCUUCCAUUCCCCUGUCACAAGGGGAUUUAUGGCUGAUUUAAGACGCAAUCGUCAACCCUGUUACAGUCAACCCUGUUACUUUAUUUGGCACUUAAUAAGCACUUACUAUAGUCCAUGUUUUUUUGCCUCUUAAGUUGAACAACUGCUCGUCAUGACAGAAUGUUAAAAUUAGGUGAAAUCAAAGUUGUUGUUUUUUUACCAAGUUAUACUACCCAAACGGGACUCAUUUCAUGGAACGACCCCUCUAUUAGAAGGUCAACAAACCAUAGAGAUGGACCCAUGUCAGUGUGAUUAUUAGAAUGCCAUAUCUUUCUGAAUCGGUGUAAUCCUUUCCUUAAACCCCUAUCAUUGGCAGAGCACCGGAGCACAGAUACAGGUGGCAGGGGAUUUGCUGCCCAACUCUACUGAGCGAGGGGUGACGAUAUCGGGGAGUCAGGACUCUGUAAUCCAGUGUGUCAAGCUCAUCUGCACUGUAAUCCUGGAGGUAGGGCGCCGUUCCUCUCCUUCUCCCUGUCCUAUUCCCCUCACACACAGACAUCCAUAACCAAGAGUGGAAUUCAAUCAAACCCACACUACAUUGUUGCUGGAGUAACAAUAAAAGUGUUUCUGCAUUUUUGUGGCACAAGAGCAAUGUUAUAUUUGUCCAGUUUGGGUGUUAGCCAUAGUGUUGAUUUGAUUGAAUUACUGCCAUACCAAGAAUAUAGAUGAGAGUUUAUAAUAGUUCCACUAAUCUGAGCCUUAGGGAAAUGUGGAGCAUCCGUCCUGAAGAGCCAGCUAAAGUUAACUUCUCCUCGGCUCAGUACACAUUAGUCACCAUCCUCUGGUCUUUGCUUGCGGACCCUAUUAGACUCUGAGAAACCUUAUUAUAGAGCAGCCAGAUGAGCCAGUCACAGAGGAAAGCAGCCUGGCUCAAGUUUUCCAUUGUUGGAAAAGAACAUCAAGAUAUUAACCCGAAAACAAACUGACCUGCAGCAAAGUGUGUUCACCUUUAAACAACUGUUCUCUUGAGAAACAGGAGUUGGGGAAAAGGGAAAAAAGCAACCUGGAGCAUAUUUCCCUCCAAUGCGUACGUGCCGUGUACAAGUCCUUUUUGCAUUGCAGCUGGACCUGACUGCCUAAUAGCUAGUUUGAUCCAGUUUUCCAGGGCUUUCUACAAAGGCAUGCAACUUUCAUUAGGAUUCUCUUCCAGCGGGGCCUUGUUUUUCGCUUCAGGAUGUAAAUUAUGCAAAGUUAUACAGAGAAUCUGCUCCGGCAGAAAAGAUGCUCCACAUUUCCAGAAAACCCUGCAUCCUUAUGACAACUUCUUGUGUGUUGUUUUGCCCAUUUUUAGUUUCCUUUUGUAAUUGGUGAGUUCAUGAGUUUUCUCUGAAAGGGAGUAGGUUUUUGUCAGUUAAGUGUGAAUGUGCAUGUGUGCGUGUGUGUGUGUGUGUGUGUGUGUGUGUGUGUGUGUGUGUGUGUGUGUGUGUGUGUGUGUGUGUGUGUGUGUGUGUGGGUGUGUGUGUGUGUGUGUGUGGGUAUGCGUGCAGUGCAUGCAUCCGUGCGUGCAUGCAUGUGUGUGUGCAUUUGACAUAUCCAAGGGGAUGUUGAACAACUUGAGUUGAAGGCUGAGAUUACAAACCCAAGAACAAUCCAAUCAACCCUAAAGAGCUGCUGUUUCAAUGGUUGAACUGUUCAAUGAAUGACUAAUGUCACCAUGAGAAAAACAAGGAGACAAAUGUCAUGGAAAUGUCAUUAGUAGUUUAAUACACCAUUCAUUGUCACCCUGCUUCAACGCCAUUUGCUCCAUUUCUUUCCCUCCCACACAACAUAAGUGACACAACAUUAGCCAAAUUUAAAAGAUGAAAUCCUUCACACACAUUUUUACUUGCAUUUGUCAUAUUUAUUUUAGUGAUAAAGGUGUUUCGAUAUCUCACCACACCAGACCCCUUGUCCUAUGUUUGACUCCCCAGUCUCCCCCGAAGGGUGCUACUAUUCCCUACCGGCCCAGCCUCUCCCCAGGAGCACUCCUCAUCUCUGGCAACCAGGUGAGAAUGCCACAAACACAUCCACACCCUGUAUAGACUUAUUGUGUGAAAUAUAGUCCAGUGAGGGAAAAAAGUAUUUGAUCCCCUGCUGAUUUUGUAUGUUUGCCCACUGACAAAGAAAUGAUCAGUCUAUAAUUUUAAUGGUAGGUUUAUUUGAACAGUGAGAGACAGAAUAACAACAAAAUAAAUCCAAAAAAACGCAUGUCAAAAAUGUUAUAAAUUGAUUUGCAUUUUAAUGAGGGAAAUAAGUAUUUGACCCCCUCUCAAUCAGAAAGAUUUCUGGCUCCCAGGUGUCUUUUAUACAGGUAACGAGCUGAGAUUAGGAGCACACUCUUAAAGGGAGUGCUCCUCAUCUCAGUUUGUUACCUGUAUAAAAGACACCUGUCCACCGAAGCAAUCAAUCAAUCAGAUUCCAAACUCUCCACCAUGGCCAAGACCAAAGAGCUCUCCAAGGAUGUCAGGGACAAGAUUGUAGACCUACACAAGGCUGGAAUGGGCUACAAGACCACCGCCAAGCAGCUUGGUGAGAAGGUGACAACAGUUGGUGCGAUUAUUCGCAAAUGGAAGAAACACAAAAGACCUGUCAAUCUCCCUCGGCCUGGGGCUCCAUGCAAGAUCUCACCUCGUGGAGUUGCAAUGAUCAUGAGAACGGUGAGGAAUCAGCCCAGAACUACACGGGAGGAUCUUGUCAAUGAUCUCAAGGCAGCUGGGACCAUAGUCACCAAGUAAACAAUUAGUAACACACUAGGCCGUGAAGGACUGAAAUCCUGCAGCGCCCGCAAGGUCCCCCUGCUCAAGAAAGCACAUAUACAGGGCCGUCUGAAGUUUACCAAUGAACAUCUGAAUGAUUCAGAGGAGAACUGGGUGAAAGUGUUGUGGUCAGAUGAGACCAAAAUGGAGCUCUUUGGCAUCAACUCAACUCGCCGUGUUUGGAGGAGGAGGAAUGCUGCCUAUGACCCCAAGAACACCAUCCCCACCGUCAAACAUGGAGGUGGAAACAUUAUGCUUUGGGGGUGUUUUUCUGAUAAGGGGACAGGACAACUUCACCGCAUCAAAGGGACGAUGGACGGGGCCAUGUACCGUCAAAUCUUGGGUGAGAACCUCCUUCCCUCAGCCAGGGCAUUGAAAAUGGGUCGUGGAUGGGUAUUCCAGCAUGACAAUGACCCAAAACACACGGCCAAGGCAACAAAGGAGUGGCUCAAGAAGAAGCACAUUAAGGUCCUGGAGUGGCCUAGCCAGUCUCCAGACCUUAAUCCCAUAGAAAAUAUGUGGAGGGAGCUGAAGGUUCGAGUUGCCAAACGUCAGCCUCGAAACCUUAAUGACUUGGAGAAGAUCUGCAAAGAGGAGUGGGACAAAAUCCCUCCUGAGCAGGGGCGGUGUGUUCAAUAGGGCGAUAUGGGCGACGCACUGCCAAACGGGAAAAGGAAGGGAUUUUUUUUCUAAUCAAUUAUAUCACGGCAACAGUAGUUAUCAGUGUUGUAAUCUAGACGUCUGAUCUGCCACAGUGCCACACUGCCACUAAAUGUCCAAUCAGGCUAAAGUCGUGCUUCAAAUGGCCCCCCCCCCCUUUUGGGGCGAUUUCAGUCAGGUUGAAAAUCGCCCAGAAGUCUGUCAUAGACUCCCAUGUAAAAUCUAUUUUUUUCCAAUUUCAGAGCUUUCAAUACAAUCUCUAUGGGUGUCUGAGGGCUUGCACUUACGCGCUUUCGUCAUACGUAACAUAACCAUGAACGUAACUAAGAAAAGAGCGGGUAGCAGCGUCUCUGUUGCGACCUGCAGUGUGUGUGACGUUUGGUGUGGCGUUAUCUUAUGUUUUUAAUCUUAUGUUUUUAAUUUGUACACUUAGUGGCGUUAUUUUAUGUUUUUAAUUUGUACACUUAGUUUACAAACAUUCUGCCAACCAUGGAUUUCCAGUGGUGGGGUCACGGUGUUGGACUGAUCUUGUUGAUCGUGUACAUACCCGCUACGAACGGACUAAAUAAUGAAAACGCUGCUGGCAGCGGAAUCCAAUACAGCAGGGAGUUUUUACUACAAUGCAACUCAAAUACGAACGCGAUGGAUAUCCCAAUGGCCCAUCUAAUACCUGACUGUCUGCGAGUGGAUUACAAACCCAAAUGCAAACGUGGAAAACGCGGGGGAAUCAGACAACGACUUAAAAAAAAUUAAGAACAAACUUCCCUUACCCACCACCUUGCUGAUUAAUGCCCAGUCACUGAGGGGGAAAGCGGAUGAGUUGUCAGCGAAUCUGCGCUUCCAACACGAAUAUCGGGAGGCCUGUUUGCUGGCAUUUACUGAGACUUGGCUGGAUGACAGAGUCCCGGACAGAGAAGUGGAGCCGGCCGGCUUCACCCUGGUCAGAGCGGACCGCGAUCUGACAGUCACAGGGAAACUUCACGGCGGGGGCGUCUGCCUGCUUGUCAGCGACCAGUGGUGUAAAUCGAUCCUGGUAAGAGAGCGACUCUGUACCCCCGACAUUGAACUGCUUUCUGUGUCACUGCGACCUUACUAUCUGCCCCGUGAGUUCCCCCAAUUGUUUGUUACCGUUGUGUACAUUCAACCAAAAGCUAAUAUAACAAAGGCAUCAGAGAUUAUUUAUAAUCUGUCACAGAAACUGGAAUCCAUCUCCCCCGACGCACCCACAUUUAUUUUAGGGGAUUUUAACAACUGUACCUUGCACAAAGUCUUGCACACAUACCAUCAGUAUGUGAAAUGUCACACUAGGAAAAAUAGGACUCUUGAUUUGUGCUAUGGGACAAUACCAAAGGCGUUCUCUGCCACCACCAGACCUCCUCUGGGGACAUCAGACCACAAUGUGGUCUACCUCAGGCCAAUUUACUGUCGCCUCCUGGAGAGGGAGAAACCCACAGUUAAAACUGUCCAGAUAUGGAAUGACAACAGUAUCACUUGGGGUGUUUUGACUGUACAAUGUGGGAGGUAUUUGAGGACAGCAGCUCUGAUCUGGAUGAACUCACAGAGGUUAUUUCAGACUAUGUAAACUUCUGUGUUGAGUCAGUUGUGCCUACUAAGACCUGUAAAAUCUUCCCUAACAACAAGCCUUGGGUAUCAAAACAUCUAAAAUCACUACUUGAUAGGAAGAAGGCAGUUUAUGCUGGGGGUGAUAGACAGGCUUUAAGAGAUGUACAACGUGAGAUAAAAAGACAGAUACUGGUGGACAAGUUUUGCGGAGUGUUUGAGUUAGCUUUGCGAGGCAAAGAUGAAACUGAGGGCUCCACCAACCCUGGUAAGCCAACACUUUUGAGAUCAGUCAAUAAAUGCUUCUGGUAUUGACUUAUAUGCUGCCCCUGUCUUCAUGUUGUUGCUGGACAUAUCUUUUUUAAAAUGUGUGUAGGUCACCUAAAUCAUCAGAAAAAUUGCCCCCCCUGAGAAUUUUUUCAGGAGCCGCCACUGCUCCUGAGAUGUGUGCAAACCUGGUGUUCAACUACAAGAAACGUCUGACCUCUGUGAUUGCCAACAAGGGUUUUGCCACCAAGUACUAAGUCAUGUUUUGCAGAGGGGUCAAAUACUUAUUUCCCUCAUUAAAAUGCAAUCAAUUUAUAACAUUUUUGACAUGCGUUUUUCUGGAUUUUGUUGUUGUUAUUCUGUCUCUCACUGUUCAAAUAAACCUACCAUUAAAAUUAUAGACUGAUCAUUUCUUUGUCAGUGGGCAAAUUUACAAAAUCAGCAGGGGAUCAAAUACUUUUUUCCCUCACUAUACUUAUUGAGGGUCUUUAGAGCACCAUUCUAUGUAAGAUCCCUAGUUAUGGUUCAUGACUCACCCCAGUGCCACCCCAUGACUCACUCCAGUGCCACCCCAUGACUCAACCCAGUGUGAAUACAAGAGAUUAUUUUGCUACUUGGGGGUUGUAUGUAUUUGUGUGAGUGUAGGGGGAUGAGAUUGGGGGUGGGGAGAUGUCAGGACCCCCAUGGAUUAAAACAUUUUAGCCACUGUCUAUAGACCUCUAGUGUUGGGCUGGACUGCAGUGGAGCCUGGUUGCUAUGCUUGACUGUCCUGGGGAUGCAAACCCUGUUACAAUAUAUGAGCUGUCUGAGCCUCACACUCAAAUGUCUGAUAUGGUAUUGAGUUGAGAGAGUGCUCAUAAUAAGAUAUCAAAUUAAACUGCAGGGUGAAACUAUGCUCAGAGGAAGCUGACGCGCUUUAAUGAAUACAGAGCAGUGAUAAGGAGUGUUUGUGUAAUGUGUCAGAGGAUAAAAAUGAACUACAAUGGGAAACACUCAGCUGGAUGGUGACCAGAGGAGGCUGGUGGGUGGAACUAUAGGAGGACGGGCUCAUUGUAAUGGCUGGAAUGGAAUAAAUGGAACAAAGUCAAACAUGUGGUUUCCAUAUGUUUGAUGUGUUUGACUCAGUUCCAUUUAUUCUAUUCCAGUCAUUACAAUGAGCCCAUCCUCCUAUAGCUCCUCCCACCAGCCUCCUCUGAUGGUGACUCAUACCAUAAGCCAGAUAAAGAGAUGGAGCUCCAAGGACCACUCUAUUUCAUCUUUACUCCAGUCAAUACACUCCAGAAGGAAGAAAAACGUGAUAUAUUUUACUUUAGAUUUCAGAGGAACAGAAGAGGUUUUCAGUGAAACAUUUCAGUUGGAAAAUGAAUGUAGUCUGUGGGAUUUACCAAUAUAUCUGUAUGGUUUUAUGAUGUUGAAAAUGCUCUGGGAUGACACUUUAAAAGGCUGGUACUCAUUGAUUUAUUACAUGAAUGAUUUAUUACAUGAAUUUAGCUUCCAUGUUUUGCUAUUAGUAUGUCUGCUUAGCUUAUCCUAGGGACUCUGUGUUUACAGCAAAGGAGGCUGGUGGGAGGAGCUAUAAGAGGACAGGCUCAUUGUAAUGGCUGGAAUGGAAUUAAUGGAAGGGAGUCAAACACAUCAAACAGAUGGAAACCACAUGUUUGACUCCAUUCCGUAAAUUCCAUUCCAGCCAUUACAAUGAGCCCAUCCUCCUAGAGCUCCACCCACCAGCCUGCUCUGGUUUACAGUAUGUAACGAAUGAGCUUCCUUAAAAAGCUAAAUUAAUAUCUGUUCUCCCUGUGUGUGCUGUGUGUAUGUUCAGGUGUUUGAGGCAUCAGACUUUACCCCCCACCCUCUGUACUCAGUCUCCCAGGGGGGGCUUGACCUGCAGCAG